AUGUCUGCCUGGGGGGAGUGGAGUUCCUGCAAGAGCGAAAAGGACCAGUCCAUUCGUAAGAGGCGGGUUGACAAGCCAUCAUCCAACAGCGGGGAGCCUUGCAUGGGCUCGACAUCAGAGACAAGGCCAUGUGGAGGACCACGGCCUCAGCCGUGCAUUUUCGACCCCUGGCAGUCCUGGACGACUUGUAGCGCAUCCUGCGGACAGGGUCGAUUCACCCGGCUCCGCAAGAUCCGAAGUGAAGGGCAUUUAAGUGGCCAGACAUGUGAGAGCUCUCUUUUAGAGACCCAUACAUGCCAGAUGAAGCCAUGCAUUUCGAAGGACUGCUUGCUCUCUGCUUGGACGGAUUGGAGCUUCUGUGGGGCGGCCGGCAUACAGCGAAUGAGGCACCGAUCCGUUCUGCAGAACCCGGAGGGACUCGGCAGGGAAUGCAACUCCAGCUUGGUUGAGACCACGGGCUGCACGAGCAAGAUUCCGCACCACUGUGAAGUCACAUCUUGGUCUGAAUGGUCCUCAUGUGAUCGCACUUGCCAUGGCGGGCAGAAGUUUCGCUCACGCGAGCUACUGCAUGGCAAGUCUCGUAGAAAUUUCUGUGCGGCCUUGAAGCUGAAGCAAGCAGCUCCCUGCCAAAUGCGCCCAUGUUUCUCGCAUUCUCUCGACUGCGAGUUCAGCGAUUGGACUACAUGGGGCAUAUGCUCAGCGAAAGUGGGGUUCGGGGUGACCAGGAGAAAGCGGACAAUCCUGAGACCGGCGGGCCUAGAUGCGACUGGAUGCUUUGGUGACAUGAGCGAGCUUGCGUCAUGCAAAAUUGCACCACCAAGGCCGAUCGACUGCAUCUGGGGUGAGUGGGGGGAAUGGAGUGGUUGCUCCUGCUCCUGUGGUGGCGGCACGAAGCGACGAAGCCGUGCAAUUGAGAUGUCGCCACAGAACGGAGGAGCACCUUGCCAGGCCAAAGACAAAGAGGUCAUAGCCGUUUGCAACACGAUGGAAUGUGACACUACGUGCGAAGAUGGCUACUGGGGUGCUUGGAUGGACUGGACGCAGUGCUCAGCCACCUGCUCUUCAAGCUACCGCUCCCGCCGACGCUCCCUAGAGGUGCUGCCAAAUUCUUGCGGCUCCGUGCCCACAGGAUUGCGAGAGCAGUUUGAAUUGUGCGACGACCUGCAUGAUUGCAAGAGCGACAAAGACUGCUCGCUGUCCACUUGGGGCGAGUGGUCGGAGUGCAGUUGUAGUUGCAAUGGAGUUCGUGAGCGGAAUCGCCACAUUACCGAGUAUGCCAGAGGUCGUGGGCGGCCGUGUGAGGACAUGCAGCUGAAGGUGAUCGAACAGUGCAACCCACUGGAAGGAGCACAGCCUCCUGAAGCUUGUGAGGUGGAGCAGCGAGACUGUUCUCUGCGCCAAUGGGAAGAGUGGAGCACCUGUUCAGCAACUUGCGGACCUGGGCAGCAAACCCGAAAGCGAAGCAUUGCCCAUCACUCGGCGCACGGGGGGAAGCCCUGCGAGGGAGAGUUGAUGCACACAAGGGAAUGCAACACACAGCCUUGCCAGACUCACAACAAACGCGAUUGUGUUCUGGGCGCUUGGUCGGAGUGGGGCAGCUGCAGCCAUUGUGGAGGACAGCGAUGGCGUCAUCGCAGCAUCGUCGCUAUGCCAUGCCAUGGUGGCAAGCUAUGUCAAGAUUGGAGCAUGAAGGAAGUUUCAAAUUGCUCGUCGAUCUGCCAUGAGACUCGCAUGUGUGCUUGGACAGAUUGGUCUUGUGCAAAGUGCCCUGACCAAUGUGGGACCUUGACGACGCUCCGCAGCAGAGAGAUGAAGCUGUUGCCAGCGCACAGCUAUCCCAACAGCUUUUUCUUCAAAGGCGACAAGCACUCAAGCUGCUUUGGCUCCCAGGUCGACGUGGCCCAGUGCCCCACGAAGGACUCUUGCGAGCAGUGCAGCCCUCGAGACUGCCGCUUCAAUGCAUGGAGUCAGUGGACGGAUGCCACUUGUGUGGGUCUCUGUGAAAGGCACCGGGUUAUUGGAAUGAUGAAUAACGAGUGUGGAGAGCCUUGCCAGGGCCCGCUCCUGGAAACGAAGCACUGUCAUACGGACUGUGGCCAUGCUGUGGACUGCAAGCUGUCGCCAUGGACUGCCUGGGGUCACUGCACGAACCUCACAUCGGCUGCCAUAAAGGGGCAGCACUACCGCCAUCGGCACGUAGUCGUCGCGCCGGAGAAGGGGGGCUUGGCUUGUAGUGGAGAUUUGCUACAAACCAAACCUUGUGAGGCUGAAAUGCCCGAGCCUUGUCUGUUCGCCCCCUGGCUGCCGUGGACCGAGUGCUCUGCAGUCUGUGGUGAAGGCACGAAGAUGCGGACUCGCCAUUUGCAUCAAGUCGCGGAGGAUGGUGGGAGACAGUGCCACGGAGUCUUGCAGCAGGUCCAAGCUUGCCGUAGUUGGCAUUCAGGUUGCGAAGACAAUGUUCGUCAGAAUUGCAGGCUGGAUGAUUGGAACGACUGGAGCUCUUGUGGCAUUGGUAAGCAACGAGAGCGCCAUCGUGGCGUCCAUCAAGAAGCCCGGUCGGGUGGAAAGCCCUGUUCUGGCUCCUUGUUCGAAACGGAAAGCUGCCGUGAGGACGUUGAUUGCAUCAUUUCCCAGUGGACGGAUUGGGAUGAGUGCUCUGCAUCCUGUGGCAGCGGGCACUCCCGCCGACAGCGCCAAAUCUCCAAGUUUCCCGAGUAUGGUGGUACUCUUUGUCCUGAAGACCUGAUUCAGAUCCGGGCAUGUGCAUCUCCCCCAUGCAAAUCCGAGGAUUGUGAAGUGUCGCAGUGGCUCGAAUGGAGCUCUUGCUCUGCCUCCUGUGGCUCCGGAUAUCAAUCGAGGACUCGUCGGGUCCAAAGACUUCGUGGUCCCGGAGGCCUUGGAUGCUUCUCUCCCUUGGCUCAGAAUCGUCUUUGCCACGGCCGCAGUUGUGCUGCAGACUGUGACUGGGGCGCCUGGCAACAGUGGUCCGGUUGUUCCAAGACAUGUGGAGGCGGACUGAUGAAGCGCAGCCGAACUCUUCGAUCAAUUCCAACCGCAGGCGGUGAUACCUGCUCUCAGAAAUCCCUUUCCGAAGUGUUGCCGUGCAACCUUGGUGGCUGUUCAGUCCAUUGUGUGGACGGGGCCUGGGACGAGUGGGAAGAAUGGGCUCCGUGCUCUCGGUCGUGCAAUGGUGGAGAAACGUUCCGGAGGCGUAGCGUGGCUGUAAUGGCCAACGACUGCGGCUCUCCACCAGCUGGCGAAAGUAGAGAGAGCAGAUUCUGCAACGUGGAUAUCCCGUGCCACGGAUCCAAGGAUUGUCUUUUAACUCCUUGGACUGAAUGGAACGAUUGCUCAUCAAGCUGCGAUGGAGUUUCGAUGCGCUCGCGAAAGGUUGCCGAGUUUGGCCAUGGUGAUGGAUCCUUCUGCUCUGGAGCCCUCAAAGAGCUGAGGCCUUGCAAUCCUGCCAGGGAGACCCAGCUGCUGGACGAGUGUGUUCGAGGUCCACCCGUAGAUUGUGAGCUUCAUCCAUGGGGACAGUGGACAGAGUGCUCAGCCACCUGUGGUGGUGGCGAGCGCCAACGAAGCCGCCACAUUGCGCAGGAGGCCUACAACGGAGGCUUCGGUUGCCAGGAGCCGUUGGUGGAGGUCCUCGAGUGUGCUCGAAUGUUGUGCCAUGAAGUGCACGAUCCAAUUGACUGCGUCCUCGGAGAAUGGCACAAUUGGGGUGCGUGCACGUCCUGCGGAGGGGAGAGGACGAGGAAAAGACACAUUUUGAUGUUUCCUCAAAAUGGUGGCCAGGAAUGUCCGCCGGCGGAUGUCGUGCAGACCAACGCCUGCCCGUACAAUCAGAAUUGUGGAACCCAGGUGGCUUGUACCUGGGCUGUGUGGGGACCGUGGGGGCAAUGCUCAAUGUCUUGUGGAGUCGGGGGGCGAAAGAAAAGGACCCGAAGGCUCAACAAGGUUGUUGCACCCAUUGAAUAUGGCAGCAGGAUACCCGCACUCCACUCAGGCCGAUGGAACAUGUUGCAAGAGUACGGGGCGAUGCAUCGUCAGGUGCAAAUACUUGAAGGUAGACACGGUCAGGAAGUUCUUCUUUCCUUCGUGGCUGGCUGUGCAAGCAUGCUCGUCCUGCUGGGCACGAUGAUGCGAGCAUGUAGUGUUCAUCGUCAAGUAGCCUCAGCCCAGAGCCGUGCCGGUGAUGACGCUGAAGCACCGCUUGUCCCGGGCCUGUGA